UUUGAUAUGCAGGAAUGGGAUCAGUUUUACAGUGACGUGUUAGGGAGACCCACUAUAUUAUGUGAAACUAUGGGAAAAGCUGAGAUGUGGCUGAUUCGAACAUACUGGGAUUUUGAAUUUCCUCGUCCAUACUUGCCAAAUUUUGAGUUUGUUGGAGGACUCCACUGUAAGCCUGCCAAGCCUCUUCCUGAGGAAAUGGAAAAAUUUGUCCACAACUCUGGGGAACAUGGUAUUGUGGUAUUUUCUCUUGGGUCAAUGGUCAAAAACCUGAUUGCUUCAGCUCUUGCCCAGAUUCCACAGAAGGUUGUAUGGCGAUACAAAGGAAAGACACUGGCCACCUUAGGUCCAAAUACCAGAACCUAUGACUGGAUUCCCCAGAAUGGUCUUCUGGGUUACCCCAAAACCAAGGCUUUUAUCACUCAUGGUGGAACCAAUGGAAUCUAUGAAGCUAUCUAUCAUGGAGUUCACAUGAUAGGUGUGCCCAUGUUUGCUGAUCAGCCUGAUAACAUCACUCACCUGAAAGCUAAGGGGGCAGCUGUUGAAGUGAACUUUCAUGACAUGACGACUGCAGACAAGCUUAAUGCUUUGAAGACAGUCAUCAACAACCCUUCAUACAAAGAGAAUGAUAUGAGAUUAUCAAGAAUUCACCAUGACCAACCUGUGAAACUAGACCGAGCUGUCUUCUGGAUAGAGUUUGUGAUGCGUUACAAAGGUGCUAAGCACCUUAGACCUGCUGCCCUUACCUGGUACCAGUACCAUUCCUUGGAUGUGAUUGGCUUCCUACUUGCCUGUGUGGCAACUGUUGUCUUCAUAGUCGCCAAAAGCUGCUUGUUUUGCUUCCGGAAGUUGGGUAAAAAAGGAAAGAAACAAAAGAGGGCAUAAUUUCUUCUGAUACCUAAGGAUGGAGG